GAUAACACGUUCGAAGGGAGAGGGGCGGGGGGGAACGACUACGGCGUCAAGGCGAGCAGGGAUCUGAUCGUUACGCGUGGAGCGGGGUUCAGGAAGGAGAAGAAUAAGAAGAAGAGGGGAAGUUAUAUCGGAGGGGAGAUCACGGUACGUUGGAUGGUUUGA